AUGAGUGGGGAUCGCACGGAGUGGAGAGGCGAAUCGCGGCUUCGUCAGCCGCCCGGCGCUGUUCCCGCCUGUCGCUCGCCUCCCUUACCCCCGCCCUUUCCACCCGCUUGUCGCUCCGCUCAUCUCUUCUCUCCCCACUCCCCCCACCCUCCGCUUCUGCCCUUUCGCUCCCUCUCCAUGUCCGCCUGCCGUGCGCCCAUCCGCCCUGCCGCGCCCCGCCUCACACGCGCCUCACAUGCGUCACGCGCGGCAGACGUGGCGUACUUCGCGGGCAGCGAGGUGCAGUGUCGCGACGGGUCGCGGUCAAUAGCAGUGCAGCGAGUGAACGACGACUUCUGUGACUGCGCUGACGGCACCGACGAGCCGGGCACGUCAGCGUGCGCGCUGUCGCGCUUCUACUGCGCCAACCGCGGCCACAUGCCUCUCACGCUCUUCUCCUCGCGCGUCAACGACGGCAUCUGCGACUGCUGUGACGGGACGGACGAGUACGCCAGUGGGGCGGGCUGCAACAACACGUGCGUGCAGAUGGGCGCCCAGACGCGCAGCCAGCUGGCAGCUGACGUGGCGGCGGUGAGGGAGGGCGUGAAGCUGCGAGGCAAGGCGGUGGUGGGGCACGUGGCGAUGCGGGAGAAGUGGGAGCGCGAGGUCACGGACCUGGAGGAGCGGCGCGCACAGCUGGUGGAGCAGGAGAAGGCGCUCAAAGUGCGCAAGGAGGAGUUGGAGUGGCAGGAGGCGAGGGAGAGGGCGUGGAGGGCGAGGCUGGAGAGGGAGCAGCGCGCCAGGGACGCGCUUGUGGCGCACACCCGCCCUGUGAGAGCCGCUGCUGCUUCUGCCGGCGGCGGCGGCGGUGGUGACGGCGGCAGCAGUGGUGGUGAGGGUGGGGAGAGCGGUGGUGGGGGAGAGGAGCAGGUGGCAGCAGAGGCCGAGGCGCUGUGGACUGGCGCCCAUGGGACUGAUGGGACUGGCGGGGCUGGCGGGGCUGGCGGGGCAGAUGGUGGGAACGAUGUUGAUGGUGGUGUCAGUGCUGUGGAGGGCACAGGGAGUGAGGAGAUGGGGCAAGGAGAGGAGGGGGCAGCAGGGGGCGAGGGGGCAGGAGGCAACGAGGAUUUGUGGGGUGUGGGGAAGGAGGAGAUGGGGCGGCGCAUUGCGUCCCGAUGGACUGGCGGGGGGGCGCGCGGGCAGCAGGGCGAGGAGCACAGCGCGCAUGCUGCGGAGCACGGUGUGGGUGAUGAGGGCCUGGCGCCCCCUGAUGAUGUUGGUUAUGGUGAUCCGGAUGCGGUGCAGAGCGGUGAUGAUGAUCAUGAUCAUGACGACGACCAUGAUUAUAGUGGCAGUGAUGACGAUGAGUACAAGGAGGAUGCUAAUAGCGAGGAUGAGGAUUACAGCAAGGAUGAUGAGGAGGACGCGGAUGGGGAUACAGAGAGUGAUGGGGAGGAGGAGGCAGCGGACCUGGAGCGAGAGAUGGGGGCAGGGGGAGGGGAGGCAAAUGAGGGCAAGGGAGGGGCCGGGGGGGAUGGAAGGGGAGUGGAGGAGGAGGAUGGGGAGGAGGGCGAGGUGAGUGAGGAGGAGUUGAAGCAGCUGGAGGAGUUCAACCCAGAUGACCCGCCAGCCGUGACACCUGUCAGUGUCUGGUUGGCUCGCACGCUCCGCUGGCCUGUGGCAGUGUGUUCCCGCCUCUACUCCCUCGCUGUCCCCACACCACCCUUCACGCUCAACGCCUCUCGGGUGGAGGCAGCGCGGGAGGAGCACAGGGGGGUGGAGGAGCAGCUGAGGAAGGCGAGGAGCCGCGCCAAGGUGCUCAAGGACAAGCUCAAGCGCGACUAUGGGCCGCACGGGGAGUUCUCCAACCUCGUGGACCGCUGCUUCUCCUUUAACGCCAACCAGUACACAUACGAGAUCUGCCCAUACAAGAAGGCGGUGCAGAAGGAAGGCCACUCCGAGACGACCCUUGGGCACUUCAAGCGGUUUGAGGAGGGGCACACGGUGAUGGCAUUCGAGGAUGGCGAGCACUGCUGGAAUGGGCCGGCCAGGAGCAUCAAGGUGGCGUUCAAGUGCGGGGCGGACGUGGCGGUGCUGGCCGUGGACGAGCCCAACCGCUGCGAGUACGCGGCCACCAUGACCACGCCGUCCGUUUGCACCGAGGAAAAAGCCAAGGAGCUGGAGCAGCAGCUGGAGGCAAUGCUGCAAGACAUUCAGCCCACCCAUGAUGAGCUCUGA